UAAACAUAGUCAAAUAACCUAUUGCCUCUUGUUUCAGAAUGAAAUUGGUCCUGUGUGCCCUCUCGGCACUGUUCCUGUGCGCGUACGCACGCUCCACCACAUACCAGCAGCCGAUAUCGCCGCAAAUCACAUCUCUUACUGAUAAGGAUGCCAGAAGUAAAGCGAGAGUUCAUCCCGCCUUCGCCAAUGCUGGACGUCAGGCAGGAGUGGAGGUCUGGAGGAUCGAGAACUUCGAGCCCGUCGCUGUUGCGCAGAAGGACUACGGCAAAUUCUCGAAGGAGAUUCCUACAUCGUGUUGAAGACUACGGCAGACAAAAGGAACAACCUAUCCUGGGACAUAUACUACUGGAUUGGCAGCGAGACGUCGCAGGACGAGCAGGCGCGGCCGCCAUUUUGACAGUCGGACUUGAC